UAGUGUAAGUGUUCCUGUCUGUCGGCCUCCUCUGUGCCCGGCGGCUUCUACUGUUAAUCCAACCGACACCGGCGACAACAAACACCUUCCCGGACGCUUUGUGCUUCACCUGCGUCGCCGGCCAUGGAUGCCGCAGUGGACCGGUAUUCGUGUUGAUGCGUUCCAGGCCCUGACACGGCGAUGUUUCCUCCCUCGGAGCGGCUGUCCGCUUCUGAUUCUGGCUGAGUUUGUGAAUGAAGAAAGAUGUACAACAACUGUUCAUAGCUUAUUGUUAAACUCAGCACUUCAUUACCUUGCAGUUAAGAUUUUCCACACAGAUUUUCAAAUGAAAAUGGAGGAUAUGCCCCUGUCAGGCCCAGACAACACCAGGCUGGAGGCCUUGGUCCACGACAUCUACUCUGAGCUGGUGGAUGAUGCCUGUUUGGGCCUGUGUUUUGAGGUGCAUCGUGCUGUAAAACAGGGCUACUUCUUCUUGGAUGAAACCGACCAGGAAAGCAUGAAAGAAUUUGAGAUUGUGGAUCAGCCUGGAGUCGACAUAUUUGGGCAAGUGUACAAUCAGUGGAAGAACAAAGAGUGCGAGUGCCCAAACUGUAAAAGGUUGAUAGCAGCUUCUCGAUUUGCCCCUCACCUGGAAAAAUGUCUUGGUAUGGGACGCAACAGCAGUCGCAUCGCUAACCGCAGGCUUGCCAGCAAUAAUAACAUGAGCAAGUCAGAAAGUGAUCAGGAAGAUAAUGACGACCUCAAUGAUAAUGACUGGUCAUACGGGGCAGAGAAAAAAGCUAAGAAGAGAAAGUCAGAUAAGAAUCAAAACUCUCCAAGAAGAUCUAAAUCUCUGAAACAUAAAAACGGUGAACUCAGUAGCAGUGUGGCGUCGGAGCCGUACAAGUACAACUACAAUACUGGCAUCAGUUACGAAACAUUAGGCCCUGAUGAAGUCCGAUCGCUCUUAACAACGCAAUGUGGGGUGAUCUCUGAACACACCAAGAAGAUGUGCACCAGGUCUCAGCGAUGUCCCCAGCACACGGAUGAACAGAGGAGGGCCGUCAGGGUGUUCCUCCUGGGGCCGUCCGCGCCAUCGUUGCCCGAUGCCGAUGCUGUGGUGGAGAGCGACAGCUUUGACAUUCCAGAUGGACAGACCCUGAUGAGCCGCCUGCAGUGGGAGGACUCCCCUGAUAUUUCACCCACUGACUCGGCCUCAUCUAAAGCCAGCACCAACCACUCAGAUUCAAGGAAGCCCAAGAAAAAGAAGAGGACAACUCUUACUCUGAACAGUGUGGGCGGAGGAGGAAUAGGAACAGGAGGAGGUGGUGGUGGCAGUGGCGGUGGCAGCAGCAGUGGAGGUGGAGGGGGUGGUGGAGGAAGUGGAUGUAUAACUGGAGGUGGCAGCGGCAGCAGCAGCAGCUCUCACAGUAAUAUCAGCUUAUCGUCCAAAAAAAAGAGGCCCAAACUCUCAGCACCUUCGAUUUCCAGCAUCUAUGAUGACUUAAACUAGGCCCCCCGCCGGCUUCUGAUUGGCUGGUUGGCCACACAGAGCCCCGCCCCCUCAGUUCAUACUGGGAUUUGACUUUGUGAACAGACUGGGAUGAAACUUGACCCUAUGAUUUUUUUAAUCAGUCGGCCUUGAUGCAGAACCCUUCAAUUAUGUAAUGAUUCUCCCCUCUGCAUCAUGAACAUUAAGUCAGAAAUGAUGUACUGUCACACAGUCGAAUCAGAGAAAAUCCAACUGAAAACACAAUACAAUUCGCUUUUUGCCAGUUAUAAAUGGAAACUGAGUUGACAACGCUUUCAAGUCACAGUUUCAUUGUAUUUUUUUUUUUUUUUUUAUAUAUAAUUCCAAUCUAGAAAGGCCUCAAAUGGACGGUGCUAAAGCUUCUCCAUAUCUUGUUUCAUGUAAGAUGUUAAAGAUGAUAAAUGCGAGUUGUCACUAAGUUGGCGCCAUCUUCGUAGGAGACAGUUAUGCACUGAGACCUGUGUAAACAGAUACUUCAUUAAUGGAAUGAUCAUGAGACGAUCAGUGGUUUUCACAGAACUUAAAUGCAUAACAUUAAUUUUACAAUGUAAAAUGAAUUAAUAAAACUGAAAACCAGCAAAUUUAGUUUCCUGGGAGAAUGUUUUUACUCGCUCCCAUUAAGAUGGAUCAUAUUUGCCAUCUGUCUUUUUUUCCCCUCGGCCCUUGCCACAGGGUAUUGUCAUCAGUUCGUUGUCUGUCCAUCCAUAUGUGGAAAAACUUUGGUGUGGACUGAAGGCCGAGGGUUUUCAAGUGCAGGCACGUUAUGUUUUUAUAUCUGAGCCGCUUUAAUAUCAUCACCUUCCUAAAAUAAUUGCCUUUUAGGACAAAAAUUACUUAUUUUUUUUAACCUAAAUCAUUAAAUAGUUUAUUUCUGCUGAAGUUUUUUGUUUCCUUAAAAAUCUGAAAAAAUUACCAGGGCAGUUAUUUUAAGAAUGUGAUAUGCACUUUUGCGCCAUGAUCAUUUCCAAUUCGCCAAACCAUGUUUAUACAGCAGUAACAAAAUAAAAGCGGUCACUACGUUUCCUUCUUUAUAGGUAUGUGAUCCAGUUUUGUUAGUUGUAGGAAGUACUGACACCAUUUUUCCCACAUGCGAAAUAAAACCUUUGCCAUUUAGAGCAUUUAUGUGUAGAAAAUGACAGUUGAUGAAAAGAAAGGAUCCAGUGUUGAUAAGGUUGGAGCGACACAAAGAAAACAAGUUCACAUUCAUUUUUAAACACAAUGUUUUUAACAUGAAAAUUCAGAAAUCACCCUGAUUGGACCAUGAUUCACUUUACUGUUUUUUUUUUAUUACAUUCCAAGCUUUCUGUGGAGUUCUCAUCUUGAAAUAAAGUGAUAUUUUUUCCACAUCUGUGCCACCUAAAAAAAUCAAAGUUCCUGAAAAGAUUUUAUUCUCUUCAUCAUCAGACAGAUUUUUUAUUAAAGUGUCUUGAAUGUGACGUUUUGGAAACUCCUCGUACUUUGCCUGUGAUCUGUCCUUUUUAUACUCCGUGUUCAGACAUGGACAUGAACUGCUUUCAAACGGACACUUGACAAACGUAAACAGGAGUACUCAUCAGUGGCUUUUUAAUUCUAGCAUCGUAUUGCACAUUUGUGUGUGUGUGUUUGUAGAGUAUGUGCCUAUGUAUGCAGAUUUUUUGCAUUCUGUGUGACCGUCACAAGCAGUUUUUUUUUGUUUUGUUUGUGUAUGUGUGGUUAUGGGGUGUGUAAACAUUUGUAUUUUCACAAAACUAUGCACCCUAGAAUGUGAAUUUUUGUGAACGUAUGUGUGCCAUUUUAACAUUUUUUGUUGUUUACAUAAACAGUAUAUUUAAUUUUUUUUAUUGAUCACUGUCUAUGAAGUGAUGUAUAUUAUGUGUCUAAAUGCAGAUUUUGAUAUUCAUAUUUGAUGAGCCACUAGGCUUCUUGGGCACAUGUACAGUAUAUGUUUGUAUGAAAAGUGAGGUGGAAUUGAUUCAUGAAUACAACAGCUGUUUCUUUC